CACAUUAAUGAAAUGCCAGCAUCUUAAGCCAUACAGUAUUAUCAAGCAAAGUUACUUGGCACUUUGCAUAGAGGGGUUAACAGUAAUAAAAAUUGGUGCCCAACGUGGGGUACCGGUCAAUUAAAAAAUAUUAUCACUGACUCGUGACAUUCAUUAGCACUACGAUCUUACAAUCGGUUUGUUUGUAUUUGUACACAGCGUGUGCGUUCAUUCACAGUUAUGUCAUUCCCAUUGUAAGUCCCGCGAUAGUAAAGUGAAUAAUGCGCGAUGACCGCGAGGCGAGGCCGCGUUCAUUGCGCCCGCGCCUCGGAAACGAAUCCGUCCGUUAGGUCUAAUUCUAAUCGCUCGUUAAUCGUGGGCUCGCUCGGAUUACCCAAUCCUAGGUCUGUGAACGCCCCUGAACACAAUGCGCCUUUAGAGUUCGGGAUGUUAAAAAAAUUGCGAUACUCAGAUUCAUAGCUUACCUUCAUUCAGGGACAGUUGUUGCAAAACUCUAAAGGCAUUGUGUCAAGCCAAAAAUUAGAAACCGUCUUUGUUCAAGGUAUGCUUAGAGACUGCGUCAGUACAAAAGACCCGAAGUGGGAAUUGGGUUCAACGUUUGUUUGCACGUCCCAUUGUCAAUAUUGAAAUGGAACCGCUCCGUGUCAAAGGGUUUGUUUGGCUGAUCCCAUUACUGAGCAAUGGCCCCACAUCCGUCCACAAACGCCAAAUUGGACCCCAAUUUUAGUACUUUUCAGACCUUUAGUUUCUAUUGUGCGUGAAUCGUUUUCGCGAGGGCUCAACGACUUUAUAGUGACGUCAUAUUUGUGCUCUAAUUGAUAUCACAAAACAUGGCAAACACGGUUUAAUCUUUUUUAGAUGUGCAUGAUCCCAUUAUGCCCUGAUAACAGAGAUUACUCAAUAACAUGAGAUAGUUUGUUGGCAUUCAAUGAGCUAAUCAAUUAGGCCUACUCUUAAAAUAUUCUAACUGCCUACACAAUCUGCACUGAACAUUUUGAUUGUGGUUGCGACACGAGCGGUCCAGUCUUGCGUCACCUGAUAUCGCGGCAGUGACUCGCGCGCCGGCCAGCAUGGCGGACGCUGAGAGCAACCUGCGCGCGCUCCUGCGCCGCGUCGCCCGCGACCAGCGAUACGACGACGACGACGCGCUCGUCGCCCUCAAGCCCAUCACCAGCGGCGGCGCCAACUACACCUCCAACCUCUUCCUCGCCACCCUCUCCACCCCCGGACUCCCCGAUCUGAACCUCUUCGCGAAAGUUGCCUCCAUCAGCGUCAAAAUUCGCUCGCGCGUCAACGCCGACAACCUGUACAGAACCGAACAGAUCUUCUACAACAAACUCGUCAACAUCUGGAACGGCUUCCAGGAGAAGUACCAGGUGCCGGAGCAGCACAGAUUUGUCUUCCCCAAAUAUUAUGGCGGGAGCGAGGAGAUCGGAAACGAGACGAUUAUUUUGGAGAAUCUGGUGGCGGGCGGGUACAUGAGCUUUAGCAGGUUCAAGUCGGUGGACUGGGACCAGGCGUCGAAGGCGGUGGAGGUGCUGGCGAAAUACCACGCUUUAUCGUUUGUCCUCCAAAAGGAGGAUCCGGCGGAGUAUAAGGUUUUGCUUGAGGACCUGAAGUUCGUGAUGUCCGAUGAGGACCCGGAGAUGAAGGGCAUCUGGGAGCGCAUGGUGGGCGGCGCCAUGGCCGUCAUCGACCAGCAGCACCACGAGAGGAUCAAGAAAUUCUUCGAGGCCCAUGAUGGGCGCGAUUUAUUCACAAAAUAUCAUAUGCCGACGCACACGCCGAUUCUCGCGCACGGGGACUUCAGACCUAGUAAUUUGCUGCACAAAAAGCAGGCUGACGGCAGCGUCCAGGUCAUCGUCCUGGACUACCAGACAGUACACACUGGUUGCCCAGUAGAGGACCUCUUCUACUUCAUCUUCAUGGGCACAGACGAGGAGUUCCGCAGGCAGCACUACGACGAGCUCAUCGAGCUUUACUACGCGCAGCUCGGGCUGGCGCUCGAAAGAUAUCAGAUGGACGUGGAAGAGGUGUACGCGAGGAAACACUACGACGACGAUUUGAAGAUGAUGCUUCCAUACGCUCUGCUGCUGGGCAUAGUAGUGCUACCCGUGGUGACGGUGGAAGCCGAGAGUGCUCCGAAGGUGGACAACGAGGCUGACCUAGAUGCCUUCGUAGUGGCACCUAACGAGCUCUUCGCCAGCCGGUUCAAGGGGGUCGUCAACGACCUGUUGCGCUGGGAUGUCAUAUAGACCAGUUGCAGAAAAAUUACAGAAAAAGUACAGUAUUUUCAUUUUCGAGAUUUGUAACUUUACUUAGUUGAAGCUAUGUAUUCGUGUUGUUCUUUCGCGGGUGAUAUCGUAAUUUUUCAAUAAGUUGAUGACAGUACUAUCUAGUAUUAAUAAAAUUAAGAAACUAUAA